CCCGGCCGGCCGCCCCCGGACCUAGCCCGCGCCCCGCCAGCCCGCAGGCCCGGUGCCCCGCGCCCCGCCUGGCCCCCCUGCGCCCUACGUGGCCCCGUGCGCCCCGCGCCCCGCCUGGCCUGCGCCGGCCGUCCUGCCUCGGCCCAGUGCGCCCGGACCCGACGCCCUGCCUGCUCGCCUUCCUUUCCGUCGCAGGACCAGAGAGAGCGGCCCCGGGGGCAGCACCCGGGCCUGCCCGCCCCUAGAAAGGAGCCGGUGUGAUCCUGACAAGCAGAGAUGGGGAGAAAACUGGAUCUGUCCAAGCUCACGGACGAAGAGGCCAAGCACGUCUGGGAAGUGGUUCAGCGGGACUUUGAUCUGAGAAGGAAGGAAGAGGAAAGACUGGAGGGGUUGAAGGGCCGGAUUAAGAAGGAGAGUUCCCAGAGGGACCUGCUUGCGGACACGGCGCACCUGAAUGAGACCCACUGUGCCCGCUGCCUGCAGCCCUACCGGCUCCUCGGGACCCCCAAAAGGCAGUGCCUGGACUGCCGCCUCUUCACCUGCCAAGACUGCAGCCACGCCCACCCGGAGGAGCAGGGCUGGCUCUGCGACCCCUGCCACCUGGCCAGGGUCGUGAAGAUCGGCUCCCUGGAAUGGUACCACCAGCACCUGAGAGCCCGCUUCAAGCGCUUCGGGAGCGCCAAAGUGAUCCGCUCCCUGUGCGGACGGCUGCAGGGGGGAGGUGAGGAGCGCACCUCUCCCCGGGAUCGCUUUUUGUUCCCACGCCUGUUUUGGGUUUCAGGACCAAGCAGAUCCUUUGGAAUGGGUUUGCCUGACAGAGUGCGAAGCUCGCCUGACAUCCACAGUGGGCCUGAGCCAAGCCCUGGUGAGGGAAGUGGAGACAGUGAGCAGACAGAUGAAGAUGGAGAACUGGACAUAGUGGCCCAGGCCCCGCCCAUUGGCAGCAAGAAAAAGCGCCUUUCUAUUCACGACUUGGACUUUGAGGCAGACUCUGAUGACUCUACUUGGUCUGGCAGUCACCCCCCAUAUUCGUCCCCAGUCCCAGCGGCCACAGACAGCCUACAGGUCCCGUGUGCUCAGGCCUUCAUGGAUGAACCCCAUGCAAAGGACACCUCCCCGGAGGCCACGGUCCUGGAGGAGGCCAAUGUCAGCGCCUCUGGGUGCCAACCCCGUCCAGAAGAGCAGACGGACGGCCUCUCACCUGAGGGACAGGACACCCUCACUGAGCUCUGCAUCCCUGGAGAGUCGUGCACGACAGCCCCAGGGACUCCUGCCACAGCUGGGACGAGCGCCAUCGGGAGUGAGCAGCUCCCCUCCCGGUAUCUGGCCGCCGUGGACACCUCCGAUGACGAGAGCACCCGGGCUCCCAGUGCGGCCUCCUGCCAUUCCAGACAGAGAGGCCACGCCCCGUCCCAGAGCCAGUGUCUCACGGGCUGCGAGCCCACAGAUGCCGACAGAGAAGAAGAGACCCUCAGGAGGAAGCUGGAGGAGCUGACCAGCCACAUCAGUGAUCAGGGGGCCUCAUCCGAGGAGGAGGGGAGCAAGGAGGAAGAGGCAGACCUGGACAGGAGCCCCUCCAUCAGGGACCUCCCCGGGGCAGCCCCGGAGAUGAGCGUGGCUGUAGGCCAGGCGUACAGACAGGAAACCACCCCCCAGGACCCUCAGGACCUCGUGCAGCCCGGCAGGACCACAGACGAGGAGCUGCUGGAGCUGGAGGACAGAGUGGCCCUCACGGCCUCUGAGGUUCAGCAGGUGGAGAGCGAGGUCUCCAACAUCAAGUCCAAGAUUGCUGCCUUGCAGGCUGCAGGGCUCUCGGUGAAGGCAUCGGGAAAGCCCCAGAGGAAAUCCAACCUCCCUAUAUUUCUUCCCCGACUUGCUGGGAGAUUGGACCAGAGUCCUAAGGAUCCGAAUGCAGACCCUGCGGAGGAGGUGAUGACAGCGCCCUGUCUUCUCAGAAGGAAGUUCGGUAAUUCCCCGAAAAGUCAAGGUAAAGACGGGGCCUCCUUUGGUCGGCAGUCGGUGUACCGCGGAUCCCUGACACAGAGAAACCCCAACAGCCGGAAGGGGGUGGCCAACCACAGCUUUGCGAAACCCGUGAUGACCCACCAGCCCUAAAGGGGGAGCUUUGUCGGAACAAGACGGAGCGACCCGGGGGCCCUAGCCCUCUCCUUCCCUCCGCCUCACCGUCCCGUUCCUCCGUCUGCCCCGCGCUCUGUGCUGCACGCAGUCCGGGGAGAGACAGGACGCAGCACCGUCCACCGAGGGACCCGCGUUCUCAGACCCUCGGCUCCUCCCCCACGUUCACGGACGACCUCCGCCCCCACCCCUGCCGGCCCGCUCUGAUCCCUGAGAAACAUCUAAGCUGACCUGGCUUCCCGUUAGGACGGCGUUAAACUCUUUGAAGGACAAAAAGAAGAACAUUCUCAGUGUGAUCUUUUAGCCCUUUCCCUGCU